AUGGUUCCGCAGGUUAGCAUCUGCCCGUGCAGGCCAAGGCUAGCACUCUUUGGGCCGCACCACGUGUCUACCGCUCCGCGGUGGGGCAGAAUCAAGCGAAGCCUGCGUGUGGGUGCAGUGUCCUGCGCGGUGGGCACAGUGGCCACCCUGCGCUUGGCCAACCUGCAUUGCCGGAGGGCCACAAGAGACAGAAGUGGGAGAAAUUGGAGCAGGCGAAGCUGCUUUCAGACCUGCAAUGCUCUGAGCAGAGGCCAUGAUGAUCAGCAAGGAGACUCCGAAGUAAUCUUGGUAGUGGGCCAAGGCCACUGUCCGUGGGGAGAGGCAGGUACUGAGAUCAUGUCUCAGGGAUUGGGCUUCCAGACGCCUGCCACAUGGAGACAGGCCGCCCAGCAUCUGUGCAAGAAGCUGCGGCAGGCCGUUCCAGGACUCGGCGUCGACAUCGUCGACCUUGAGGCAGCCGAUCACGCACCACGGGCGACGCUCUGCGCCUGCGUCAAUGUGCCCAGGACAACCUGCGAUCGCCUCGCGCAGUCUUGCCGAAACAUUCUGAUUCUGUCACCGGCGGCCGGGGACAGCGUCGACAGCUCGGCGGCACGUCUGGUUCCACGACAGCAAACUGGGCGCAGUGCAGCUGAAGUGCUGCAGCAGUGCGAAGAACUUUGGUCAAGGCAAACAUCUGAGGACUGCCUUUAUGCUCUGCUCUUUGCAGUGCAUUUCGCAGUGAUGCCCGUGGAGUUUGUGGCACAGGAGCCCCAAAUCGACACGGUGGAAAAGGUCUUCACACUCUGCACAAAGUGCCUCUCCGAAGCUGUCGCAGCUGGCUUGGAUUCCGAAGCUCGGGCUUGCCUGGCUUGCCAGAACGGCUGCGACGUCCGCGACCAGACCCAGAUGUAUCGAUGCACGGUAAGCCACGAGUCUGAGUCUCUGGCCAGUCUAGUUCGUUGCUUUGAACGUCGCAGCAUCUUCGACUGCGACGCCCGAAUUCCCGACCUGCACUUUGAUCCCUUAACUGAAUUCCGAGGGAAUCCGCUGAGUCUCGAAGCGGCAUGGAAGAUCAUGGAGGGUCACUGGUCUUUGGACCCAUCAAGUUGUUCAUGGAGGCCAGUUUUGGGUCAGAACCCAGCCUAUGACUACUUCCCCUGCCAGUUCAACAGCUGGUACCGAGAUCCUUGUGGGAGUCGAGGCUGGUACGAUCCUGUUUUCAAAGUGGUUACACUGGAUGGGCGCGAAGUCUGGCGCAAGCGCCACUACCGUGUCCUUCCAGGAGAUGUGCCAGGUAGUUUUCGUCUGACCACCGAAGACAACGGAAUAUCCUUGCGAGAGUACUGGCGAAUCGUGGAUGCAGACGACGAUCUAGGCUGGGCUGUCUUGCAUUAUGCUGGGGCUGCGCCACGCGUCGGCCAAAGCUAUACAGGCUCGUUGUUGGUUUCGAGAGACGGCUGUCUGCCGGAUGCAAUUCCCUCUCAGCGUAUCGCCGCUGCCUUCAGACGAGCCGGUGUUGCAAAAUUCGAGCUUUAUGCGAUACACCAAGGAGAGGCGUGCCUCGCAGGCGGAGACUGUGGGAAGCCGCCACUGACCGAGUUCCGUAGUCUGCGCAGGUACACGUAG